GAUAUGGAUGAAGAAGAGCUUAGUGAAAGAAAACUGAGAUUGGCUUCAAUUCUAAAUCGUGUGAGGAAUAUGAAAUCAAAGUACCAGAUGGAGGAAGACACAAGUAAUCAUUCUGAUCACUCUGAUAAUUCUGACAUCAUAAGGCUCCACAAUUGCCCAGAAGAAUGGUUUUCCUAUUUGCAAAAAAUAGAAAAAAAAGGUGAUCCAGAGGAUGAUGCUGUGCUCCGCAAAAGACUAAGUGACAUGUAUAGUGAGGCUGUUGCUGCCCUUCCUGCAGAGAAGUACUGUAGAAAUGAGAGUUAUGCUCACAUUUUGGUGAGAUUUGCUCAGCUGAAAGUCCUUGAAGACCAAGAUGAUGCACGUGAUCAGUUUCAGCUGGCUAGAUUAAACUGCAAGACUUUUGCAUUUGUUCAUGUUGCUUUUGCCCAGUUUGAGUUAUCCAGAGGAAAUAUAAAAAAGUCAAAAAUUAUUCUGCAAAAAGCAUUUGAAGUUUCAGCAGUGCCCGUUGAUAUGCUAAAAAUCGCUCUGCAGAAUUUACUCCAGAAAAAGUCUGUACUGAUUUCAGAAGAAGACAAAGAAAAUAUACCAAUUCCAUCAGUACAUGAGACACGGGAUGCUGUGCCAGACAAUGGAUUUAAAAUCCCCAAGAACCAAGAUAACAGUGAUAGUUCUUCAGAGCUUCCUGUGCACAUGACUGCCUUUUCACUGGGUGCUGACCAGAAAAAUGACUCUGCAGAAGAGCCUGAUGUGAUACCACGUGACCAUAAACCCUUAAUGAUGCCCAAAAGCACAGCCAGUAGGACUGACCAGAUAAGCAGUGUUCGUAUGCCUCAUGUAACACCUGAUGUUAAUAUUUCUGUUCACUCUCGAGUACCUCCUGAUGCAGGACAUGGGUUAAAGAAAUCCAAUACUUCCUACAGUUCCUGCAAUAUCCAAAGGCAAACAUCUGGCUCAAAAAUCAUUUGCAGUGCCAUGCCAUCACUGUCUAAGCCAAAGAAGAGUGGUGCCAAUACAGACAGUUCCCUUGACCUACGAAGUUUAAAGCCCUUGCAGACCGCAAGCCCUUCAGAAAUACAGAUGUUGGAUGAUGACCAAUGUUCAAAUGAUUGUACUAUGAAACUGCUAAGUAAAACCAAAAUGAAGGCUCCUGCAACAUUUAAAGAAGGUGCUGCAGAAGCUGCUCAUGGGACUAGUUCUGUUGAAAGGAAUAAAAUGAUGGAAUCUGGCCAACCCAAAAAUUGUAAAAAUGUGGAACCAUCAGGAAAAGCAAGCUCCAUAACUGGCAAUCAGUUGAAAAUCUGUACUCGAAUCUCACCGGAGCAGGCUAAAAGGGUCCAAUCAGAGCAACCUGUACCACUUCCUGUUCCAAAGAGAGUUCCAUUGCAUAUUGCUGGCACCAUAGACACAAAUGCUAGUGUUUAUGAAACCCCAAGCAGCAAACCAGUAAAGGACUAUAUGGACUGUUUCAGAACACCUGUUGUAAGUAAUUUGCCUUUGAUUCAACAUGAGCAGUCUUCAGGUUGUCAACACGCAACAACUACACCAGAAAUGCAGUUUCAGAAGCCCAGCAAGUUAAAGGUAACUUCUCGAACCUCAAAUGACAAAAUCGUAGUUAAAGGAAAGGUGUAUACUAUUUUGAAACAAAUAGGAGUUGGAGGAUCUAGCAAGGUAUUUCAGGUCUUGGAUGAAAGCAAACAGUUAUAUGCAAUAAAGUAUGUGAGCUUUGAGGAAGCUGAUGACCAAACCAUAGAAAGUUAUCAGAAUGAAAUUGCACACCUGUGCAGAUUACAGCAACAUAGUGACAAGAUCAUAAGACUGUAUGACUAGUAUCAUUCACAGUGACUUGAAACCAGCAAACUUCUUGAUAGUUGAUGGAAUGCUAAAAUUAAUAGAUUUUGGUAUAGCGAAUCAGAUGCAGCCGGAUGUUACUAGUAUUGUUAAAGAUUCUCAAGUUGGUACAAUUAAUUUUAUGCCUCCAGAGGCAAUCAAAGACAUGUCUUCAUAUGGAGAAAAUGGCAAACCAAGGUCAAAGAUAAGUCCAAAAAGUGACGUUUGGUCCUUGGGUUGCAUUUUGUAUUGUAUGACGUAUGGAAAGACUCCUUUUCAGCACAUAACAAAUCAGAUAACAAAGCUGAAUGCCAUAAUAGACCCAAGUUAUGAAAUUGGUUUUCCACAAAUUCCGGAAAAGGACCUUCUAGAUGUAUUGCAGCGUUGUUUGGUGAGAAACCCUAAAGAGAGGAUAUCCAUCCCCGAACUGUUGGUACAUCCUUAUGUUCAUAUACAGGCACCUCCAAAGCCAGAGCAACCAGAUGAAAGAGUAACAGAAGAGAUGAAGCGUAUUCUUGGUCAGCUUAUUGGUCUCAACUCCCCAAAUUCGAUUUCUAGAGCAGCAAAGGGUUUAUAUGACCAGUUCAGUAGUGGUAGAAGCCUCGACCUGUCUGCAUUUUCAAAACCUUCAGAUCAAAAAGCAUGGCAGUUAUAGUGAUUUGUAAAACAGCCAUGAACUGCUGUUUUGUGAGCAAAAAGUGGACACUUCACCCUGAGUGCACCUGUUUUAAUAUAAAAGAUCUUGCAUAAAUUUCUACUGGACAAACCUUAAACAUGUAUCAACAGCAACUUGUUCUUUGGCACUGAAUUUACGAUCAACCUUUCCUACUCGACUGUUUUGAGUGCAGAAUUAUAUAUUCAUCACAAUUGGUCACCUUCCAUCUUACACUCUGCAGCUAAAUUGCUAUUAGCCCAAUGUACAGUAAAUAAUAAUCUGAGUUUUCAUGUA